GGUGGCAAUGGAUGGGAAGGACAACAGGCAGUGGUGGAGCAGGCAAGAGCCACCAGCCAGAGGUGAAGAGCACCAAGAGACAUGCACGGCACUGACAGCCACCCCGAGGGGACAAGCCACAUUGUCACCCCAGCUGCGGUUGUACACUGGGCAUGCACAAGCCAGGGCACGUACAAGCCUGGCCACUUGCUUGCACUGUGGGUUUCUAACCUGCAGCUUCCAGCUGCAAUAAAGCUUUGCUGCGCUUUGGUCUUAGCUGGUCUCAUUGUGGGUUGGAUAUUAAGAAAAUAUUGUUCUCUGAAAGAGUGGUCAGGCAGUGGAACGGGAUGGGGACAGUGGGACAUAAAGAUGUAGUCAUGGUGGUGUCCCUGGGGGUGUUCUAGAGCUAUCAAGAGGUGGCACUGAGGGACGUGGUCAGUGGGCACAGUGGGGGUGGGCUGAAGGAUCCCAGAGGUCUUUUCCAACCUGAAUGAUUCUGUGAUUCUAUGAUUUUGGGAAGACUGGGGGGAACUCCAGAACGCCAGCCCCCAGAACCCCCCCUCCCACCUCACAAACGCUGUGGGGCAGCACCAGGCCACACGUUCCCAUCCCCACAGCGGCAGCAUGUUCAUCUACAUCACCCACAGCGACAACCAGAGCUUCCUGGCCAACACCAACUGCCCCGUGCUGCUGCUGCUGUCUCACCUGCGCAGCAAAGUGGGGGUCCCACCCAGCGAGGCCAUCGACGUGUGUGACAAGCUGGGCAACCCCAAGAUGCUCUUCCAGGUGAAGACCAUGCAGGACAGGGCCAGCGACUUCCUCCUGGCACGCAGCACCUACUAUGUGUGUAGGGUGGAGUUUGGUGCCCCCGGCACUGCACAGGAGCAGACAGCACAGUCCUUUGUGCCCCUCCUGAAGAACCCCAGCGUGGCGCUGACCGAGGCGUUGCGGCUGUGUGGGCAGCACCCGCAUCGGAAGUUGCUCCGCUCCCUGAAGACACCAGAGGGCAAGAAGGGUCCAGGCACCGAGACGCUGCCCGCUGCUGCCCGCACUCAGGGAGUGGGCAAGGCAGUAGGGAGAAGCACAUCCCGACCCCGGGAGGAGCAGCACGGUCCCCCCCGCAAGACCCCACUGCCCCCGAGGGGGCGGCAGCAGCCGCGGCCGCGCUGAGCCCCAAUAAAGCCGCACUCAAUGGUGCAUCCCUGCACUCAAG